AUGGUCACCAACACAGCUAUAUACCACUGGACGAUGUCCGACGUGACGUCUCCCCCGCAGAAAAUCUUCGAACCCCAUUCGUCGCUCUUGGGUGCGCAGAUCAUCAACUACCGCGCGUCCGGAGACGAGAAGUGGUUGGUGUUGGUCGGCAUCUCUGGGAACGCGACGAACCCCUCCGCUUUCAAGGUCCAGGGCGCUAUCCAGAUGUAUAGCAGGGAGCAGGGAGUCAGCCGGCCAAUUGAGGGGCACACCGCAGCGUUCGCGGAGCUCAAGCUGGAUGGGCAUCAGAAGCCGACGAAGCUCUUCUGGUUCUUCGUCCGGACGGCGACUGGCGUGAAGCUUCACAUCGUGGAGAUUGACCACCAGGCUCCGGACCCGCCGUUCAUGAAGAAGGCGGUCGACGUUUCGCAGAAGCACGGCAUCGUCUACCUCAUCACGAAGUACGGUUUCAUCCACCUGUACGACCUUCAGUCCGGGGCGUGCAUCUACAUGAACCGUGGCCGCUGGAGGACAUCAGUUGAGUGUGGGCUUGCGAACAAUGGACAGGGAGCUCACCUCAUGGUCAACUGUCUCCGAGCCAGUCACAAGUGGCUGUGA